GACCCACCUUUUUAGUGUGAAACCCGAAAAAAAAAAAAAACUGGCAGAAAAAUCACUCACUAUUCUCCCGACUCUGACUCUGACUCUGUGAGCCGCAUAGUCUUCUUCUUCUUCAGUUCUUCCUCUCUUAAUUGUGUGAAUAAAUUGCUGGGUUACUUUCUCUUUUUCACGGUGUUCAAGGGGCGCUCUUUGUCUCUAUUUCUGUAAGCAAGCAUCAGCUUUGCCUCAGCUUACCUAUAUUCUCUGUUCAGAGCUUGUAUGGAUGUUGGGUUCGUCAAUGUGGGCUUGUGGUUUUCUGAAUUGGCUUGGGGAGUAAAAGAUUGGAGCUUUUGGUUCUUUGAGGUUUUUGGGGAGGUUUGGCAGCAAGGUGCUUGAAAUGGCUACAGCGACCUACCCACCUCCACCACCGUAUUAUAAGCUAUACAAAGAUUACUUGCAAGAUCCCAAAUCCGCUCCUGAGCCGCCGCCACCAAUUGAAGGGACAUACAUUUGCUAUGGUGCUAAUUACACCACAGAUGACGUGCUUCCAAGCUUGGAAGAACAGGGAGUGCGUCAACUGUACCCAAAAGGCCCAAAUAUUGAUUUUAAGAAGGAACUAAGGUCCCUUAACAGAGAAUUGCAGCUGCACAUUUUGGAACUCGCUGAUAUUCUCGUGGAGAGACCAUCACAAUAUGCAAGGAGAGUGGAAGAAAUAUCUCUUAUAUUCAAGAACUUGCAUCAUCUUCUGAACUCAUUGCGGCCCCAUCAGGCUAGGGCAACACUAAUUCACAUUCUAGAACUUCAGAUUAAACGACGUAAACAAGCUGUUGAGGAUAUAAAGAGGAGGAGAGAAGAAGCACAGGCACUUCUGAAGGAGUCCCUUGAAUCGUUGGAGGACACUGGUGCAUCUCUUAUGUUGAAAUAGGGAGUCGCUCAUGUAUGUCCUUACUCAAUGAUCAAAGCCCCUUAGACGGUUUCAUCUAAUACCUUUAGGGGGGAGGGUCAUGGAAUCCAACUGGUCAAAGUUUCUCGGACAGACAGUUGCAUCUAGUACCUUCGUGCUUUUAUAUCAGUAACUGCCGGUUUUACCUUUAUAUAGUAUUAUGUCAAACAGCAUGGAUAGAUGAAGGAUAGAUUAGAUUCAUUUCAAGUGACAUAAUAGUAUUAUGUAAUAUUGCUCUGUAAUUUUUACUCA